CCUCCUCCGUCAUAAUAGCAUCUAACCGCUCAAUUAAGAAAACGCGUCUUCCUUCUUUGUUCAUUUCUUCAUCUUUUGGUUUUUCUCUUCUCAAAAUCCCAUAUAAUUUAUAAAUACACCACCCACCUAUGCACUAUAACCCAUCACUCACCACCAACGCCAUGGCUCUCCUUCUCUUUUUCUUUCUCUUCUUCUCCUGUCUUUCCCUCUCUAUCCAAGAAAGCCAACACAACGCCACCUCUAUUUCCUUCUCUUUCCCUCUCAGUUCUGUCCCUCACUCUGCGAACACUACUCCAUCGUUUUACUCUUCUUUUGUCUCGCAAAUCAAGCAUAGCCCACCAAUCAAAACCUCACCCUACAACUACAGAUCCACCUUCAAGUAUUCCAUGGCCUUGAUUGUGUCUCUUCCCAUCGGGACUCCUCCUCAGACCCAGCAAAUGGUUUUGGACACUGGUAGCCAGCUCUCCUGGAUUCAGUGCCACAAUAAGACUCCUAAGAAGCCUCCUCCUACGAUGGCGUUUGAUCCUUCUCUCUCCUCUUCCUUCUCUGUUUUACCAUGCACUCACCCUCUUUGCAAGCCUCGAAUUCCCGAUUUUACCCUCCCUACUUCUUGCGACCAGAACCGUUUAUGCCACUAUUCUUACUUCUACGCUGAUGGCACCUAUGCUGAGGGCAGUCUCGUCAGGGAAAAAUUCACAUUUUCUAGUUCCCAAAGCACCCCUCCUCUCAUCCUGGGUUGUGCUCAGGACGCCAGCAAUGACAAGGGUAUUUUGGGGAUGAAUCUAGGUCGGCGCUCAUUUGCUGCACAAGCUAAAAUAUCCAAAUUCUCAUAUUGCGUGCCAACACGUCAAUCUCAGGCCGGAUUGUCCUCAACCGGGUCAUUUUAUCUGGGAGAAAAUCCGAAUUCGAGCGGGUUUCAAUACAUUAGCCUUCUGACUUUUACUCAAAGUCAAACAACGUUACCAAACUUGGACGCCUUAGCAUACAGUGUUCCAAUGCAAGGAAUAAGAAUCGGCAACAUGAGAUUAAACAUCCCCGCGUCGGUUUUCCGGCCUGAUCGGAGUGGAUCAGGUCAAACAAUGAUCGAUUCAGGUUCCGAGUUCACGUACUUGGUGGAUGAGGCUUAUAAUAAAGUGAGGGAAGAGAUAGUGAGACAUGCAGGACCAAAGUUAAAGAAGAACUACGUGUACGGCGGAGUAUCGGACAUGUGUUUCGAUGGAAAUCCGACGGAGAUUGUACGGUUGAUAGGAAGUAUGGUGUUGGAAUUCGAGAAGGGAGUAGAAAUUGUGAUCGAUAAAGAGAGGGUCCUAGCUGAUGUUGGAGGCGGUGUCCACUGCGUGGGAAUAGGACGGUCAGAGAUGCUAGGUGCAGCGAGUAACAUAAUAGGGAAUUUCCACCAGCAGAAUCUGUGGGUGGAGUUUGAUCUGGCUAAUCGUAGAGUGGGGUUGGGUAAGGCCGACUGUAGCAGAACGGUGUGAAGAAGAAGCGGCGGCGGACCCCUAAUUAAAAUAAGAUAUUAAUGUACAAAGAAAAUAUGAGUGAUGUGUGUGUGUGGCAGUACUAGUAGAGAUGUAAUCCAACGGCCUAUAUAGAACUAACAUAAGUGAUGAGAUAUAUAGUUGCGUGGUUGACGGUAAUAGAAAAGAUGUGAGCUUUCAAAGUAUGGUGAAAAUAAUCUUGUUGGUCAGAAAAAAAAAAAAUCUUGUUGGUGUUAUGUAAGAAAAUACCCCUAGCCUAAUUAAAUUUAUUAUUUUUA